UAUAAAGCCAUAACAAUGUAACUCCUUAAAAAAAAACCUAGCAGGAAAUAGGAGUGUUUGAAAUAGCUUAAUUCCAAAGGGAUGUAAGAACCAGAACAGCGUAAGGUCACUUAAUAUGUUAUGGUCCUCACAAAAAUUUAAAAAGUACAGAGCGUAACUCCAGCUGGGGAGUUACGCUACUCUGGCUCAACUUUAUUGUUGCUAGAAUGGUUGAUACAAACAGCUGUUUUAUUUUCUAGAGUAGUUGUGCAUGUCUCAGCUGAUUGGUCGAAUGUGAAAUUUACAUGAAUUGAUGCCCUAACCUAAACUUAUAGUUUCAUCAACAUGAGCAGCAGAGCGAAACUUAUUUUACAAUUAGCUUUGGAGGACAAUGUAAAUAAUUCUCAGCAAUUACUAUUAUUACCAGAACAAACUACUAAAGAAAACAAUGAAACAAACGUCUUAAGCUUGUCUUCGAUGGACACAAAUCCUGCACCCUCAUUGACAUCAUUACAGGCAGUUGAUCCGUUUGUUCUUCUCAACAAUGAAAAUGAAUAUAUAAUGGAAGUCGAAUCAGAAAGUAAUAAAGAAUUCGCUACUGAUGAAAAUAUUGUUUGGAAUGAUGGUAUUACCAACCAGGAUUUUCAGUCAUAUGAUAUCUCCUUUUCAUCGCAAGGCCUAGUUGCUGAAGAAGAGGAUAGUCUUCAAGAAUUGGCUGUCUCUGGUAAUGCAGAUAUCCCAUCACCAGGAACUUCUGUUUUGUCAUCUAACGUAGAUGACACUGAUAUUGAUAGCACAUACUGUCCUCGUUUCAACUCAGAGUCAGAACUAUCUACUGAUGAGUCUAUAGUGAGUAUUCCUAGAGUUGCUUCAAAGGUUUCAAGUGACAGUACUUCUUAUGUGAGGAGGAGCCAAAAGAUAGCUCAAGACAAAAUUCUACUGGUUCCUUACACUGAUUCGGACACGGAGGAAGAAGCAAACAAAACCAAUCCUAAUGUAAAAAAAGGAAAGAAGAGGGUGAGGAAUGAAAACAAAUGGAAAAAAUGUGUGAGGAAACAGCUAAGAGUUAGUGGAAAAAACUAUCUUAGUGCUAAGGGAGCAGAGAUUAAAGCAAGAUCUCUGAAAUCUCCUUGCAAAUCUACUUGCCGUCUCAAGUGCUAUCAGCGCUUUACCAAAGAUCAGAGAGAAGGUAUAUUUUCAGAUUUUUGGAGAGAAGACAGAGACUGGGAUUCUAAACGUCAGUUUGUUGUUUCCUGUAUAAGCAGCAAGCCUGUCGCUAGGUCCAGGAAGAAAGAUGGCUCAAAGGGAAACCGGGCUCAAAGUAAUAAAUUUAGUUUUCAAAUAAAUAGUUGUGAAGAAAUAGUCUGCAAAACAUUUUUCCUAAACACUCUGGCUAUCUCUGAGAUGUUUAUGCGAAUAUCACAACAGAAAACAAGCAAGACAGGAAUGGUUGAGCCUGACCAAAGAGGUAAACAUGUACCUGGAACAAAAAUUAAGAAUGAAAUAAUAGAUGGAAUUAAAUCUCAUAUUUCAAAAUAUCCAGCGUAUCAAAGCCAUUACAGCAGAGAACGUACAAGCAGGAACUAUUUGGGCAAUCACCUCAACAUUAACAAAAUGUAUGGACUGUAUGUUGAAGAGUGUAGAGAAAAACAAGUUAAUCCUGCAAAGAAGUGGUUGUUUAGCAAAGUGUUUAAUGAGGACUUUAACAUGGCAUUCAAGUUACCAGACAAUGACACAUGCGAUGUGUGUGAUGAAUUUGAAUGUAGAUUGAAGAAUAAACAAAAUUCAGAAGAAUUGGAAGAGAUUAGCAGGAGACACCAAGAGCAUUUAGAUGAGGCUGCGUCCAGAUAUCGUUUGAAAAGGGAAGACAAACUUCAUGGAAAAGAAGAUCACAAAAGCAAAGUAGUAAUGGCUGACCUUCAAAAAUGUCUCCCUACACCUAAUCUUACAAAUUCACAAAGCUUUUACCUAAGGAAACUUUGGACACUAAAUUACACGAUUCAUGAUCCUGCAAACAAUAAGACCUGGUGCAUGCUAUGGGAUGAAGUAACAGGGGGUAGAGGUGGAAGUGAAAUGGCCUCUUGUUUUUAUGCUUGGGCAAGUCACACACAUAUGGAAGUAGAUGGCCAACACAGUAUAAUUGAAAGAGCCAAGAAACAUAUUUCUGGCAACACAAUAUAUACAUGUAAUGAUUGGGCAAAUUUUAUUGCUUCCUGUAAGAAGAAAGACCCCUUUGAAGUUGAGAGAAUGAAUUUAGAAGAUUUUCUAGAUUUCAUGGCCAUUGUGAAAGGCAGAAAAUCUGCUUUCGUAGCAAGAAAGAAAAACACUGAUGGUGAACCCUUUUUGAUAUCUGCAACUGUGUGGUUGCAACUUAGAUCUGACAAAGUGGGUGUUCUUUUUUACAAAACUAAUUUUAAAAAUGACACGUUCAAAGAAGUUGACCUAACCAGACGAUCUCUGAGAAAUCAAGAAGUUACAAUGCCUACAACCAUCCCUCAGCUAAGACAGAGCAAAAAGCCAAUCAGCUCACAGAAAUACAGAGAUCUCAUGACAAUUUUACAAUGGGUACCUAAUGAGUAUAAAGCUUACUUUCAACUCCUGCCCCAUGGAGAGGAUGCGGGAGACUUUCCAGAUGAAGAUUCAACCUGUACGUCCUGCUCAGUAGAGUUCGACGGCCUGAAGAAAUCGGUGGUCGUUGUCUGUCCUGAUAGGGUAUCCGAUCAAUUCGCCUACGCAAGUAAAAUUGUGUACGGCGACUUCUUCAGUAAACCAAUUGACACUGGUAGUAGGCUAGUGGACCUGCGAAACAAAUCUCCCGGUUCUGAUUUGUAA